CUCGAACUCUCCCGCCCCGACGACGACAACAUCCACCUCCAACGGCGACGACAUCUACAACUCCCACCACACCUCUAUCCAGCUCCUGUCUGCGCUGCACCCGCUGUCAUUUAUCUUGUCUUGCCUUAUUUCUACCUCUGCUCAGCGCUCGUCUCUCCCUUGACUGAUCCUACUUCAUCCUCUCCUUCCCACCCCAUGCCUCUUCGCGCUUGAUCCCUCCUUGUUUCCCUCCCUUCCGAACCAUACGGCCCGCUGGGAUUGACUCCCCGCCCUGCCACCACCGCCCCUGAAGUCGCUCACAUCCCCUUCCGCUACUGCCCACCCCGGUCGAUUUUCCCUCAAGCCACAAUAUCAAACCAGCUGCCUCCUCCUUUUAUUCAGAACUUUGGGAUUUCCAAUUGUCUUUGCUUGUUUGUUAAGAAUAAAUAUACCGCCCGGGUCGCCUUUUCCGUUCCCCCUCGAAAUUCACACAGCUGCUGGUCACGACUAUUCCGCUGACUGUCGGAUAAUCGUGGUCGACUGGCUGAACACUGGCGGAUCUUGUACAUGUGGCCGCCACACCGAUAUAAGCUACCAUGAAGGGUUUCAGGCAGAGAGUGCAUGAACAGCUGUCCCGUGCGAAAGAUUCAAACAAGUCUUCUAAGAAGAAAGAUUCUUCCGGGACAUCCUCCCCAAGUCAAAACACAACCUCCAGUUCGACAGGCCCUAGCCCUUCCCCGGCCAACUCCAAUCAUGGCACCCCUACCACCUCGACCACCUCAUUGAACGAUAUGAAAGGGAAGGCUGGACUACAAGGCGGCAACGGUGGUGGACCGCCAGCUGGCGCUAUCCAUAACAAUGCUCAGUCACAGCUAAGCGCCCCUCAAAGCGCCCAACUUUUUAUGCCUCCAGGACAAAACAUGGGAGGUCAUUCGGGUCAAAUGCCCGGAAAUGGGCCCGGAACACCGAUUCGACAACCACAGCCGCUUGCUCCAAGUGUAAUCAUUAGCCCUAGCGCACCGCACAUUCCUCCGCCGGGGGCUGCAGAGACCAUGCCUGGAGAUCUCCAGCCACCAAAGGCUGGCCAAAAAUCAAACCUUUUCGAUCGGUUACAAACAACUCCCAAGGAUGUUCCAGAAGGUAUCAGAACACCCAAACGACAACACUCCUCGAGGUUCGACAUAUCUGAUCAGCGCCAAAGAGAACUGGAGAAGCUCCCGGGCUUCCACGAAGUCCCUCCGAACCGGCGCCAGGAUUUGUUCAUGCAAAAAAUUGACCAGUGCAAUAUCAUUUUCGAUUUUAAUGAUCCGACUGGCGAUAUGAAAUCCAAGGAGAUCAAGCGACUGGCCCUGCAUGAAUUAUUAGACUACGUGGCGAACAACAGAUCUGUUAUCACCGACCCCAUGUAUCCCCGCGUGGUGGAUAUGUUUGCCAAAAACCUUUUUCGCCCUAUUCCUCCCCCAGUAAACCCUCAAGGGGACGCUUUCGACCCGGAAGAGGAUGAGCCUGUUCUUGAAGUUGCAUGGCCGCAUAUUCAGGUGGUUUAUGAAUUUUUCCUCCGUUUCAUCGAGAGUCAAGAUUUCAAUACCAAUAUAGCAAAAGCAUAUAUCGACCAUCAGUUUGUUUUACAAUUACUGGAACUCUUUGAUUCUGAAGACCCCCGCGAACGAGACUUUCUCAAAACAACCCUCCACCGCAUCUACGGCAAAUUCCUUAACCUACGUUCUUACAUUCGACGGUCGAUCAACAAUGUUUUCUUCCAGUUCAUGUACGAAACGGAACGCUUUAAUGGAGUAGCAGAGCUGCUCGAGAUUCUUGGUUCUAUUAUUAAUGGCUUCGCGCUCCCACUAAAGGAGGAGCACAAACUCUUCUUAACGCGCGUCUUGAUUCCCCUACAUAAAGUGAAGAGCCUGAGCAUGUAUCACCCCCAGCUGGCAUAUUGCAUCGUUCAGUUCCUCGAAAAGGACUCUGCACUCACUGAAGAAGUCGUUCUUGGGUUGCUCCGAUACUGGCCGAAGGUAAACAGCACGAAGGAAGUUAUGUUUUUGAAUGAAGUCGAGGAUAUCUUUGAAGUUAUGGACCCCACGGAAUUCGCCAAAGUCCAGGAGCCGCUUUUCAACCAAUUGGCAAAAUCGGUGGCCAGCCCCCAUUUUCAGGUGGCUGAACGGGCAUUAUACUUUUGGAACAAUGAAUACUUCUGUAAUCUUGUCACCGAUAACGUAGAAACUAUCCUGCCUAUCAUGUUUGCUCCGCUAUACGAAAAUUCAAAAGGGCAUUGGAACAGGACCAUCCAUAGCAUGGUAUACAACGCGAUGAAACUUUUCAUGGAAAUCAACCCACAAUUAUUCGACGAUUGCUCCCACGACUACACAGAACUGCAAUCGACUGCAGAAGCCCGCGAGAAAAAUAGACAGGGCAAAUGGGACAGGCUGCAGCUGCUAGCUCAAUCUCGAAAGAGCAUAACAGGAACAGGAACGGGCCCAUCUCCACUAUUGGCCAACACUACUACUAAUGCUGGUGCGACUACAUCAUCUUCCACACCAUCAUCUGAUGGACCACAAAUAUCAUCUCGCCAUACGGACGAUAUGGACACGGUUACCCACGACAGCCAACAGCGACUUAAUGCACUGAAACUACAAGAUGAGUCGAGUAAGGAGCGGCGGUUACGGGAGCGGGAUGGGCAAGACCUGAAUUCGCAGAGGCGCCGUCACGGAUCGUACGAUGACACUCGCUCGCGCAGGACAGGAUCAGGAUCGGGAUCGGGGUAUGGGAGUGGUGGUGAGAAUCCUGGCACUGCAGCCGCUGCAACUCGUGGUAGUGGCAGCAGUAGGAAACGGGGGGAGCGGAAGGGUUCUUCUGGAAGCCAAAGCGUUAAUACUGAUAAUCAUAAUGGUGGGGGAGGGUUCCCAUCUUCAACACAGAUGCCCACUGUGGCACAGAGCAAUUCGAUGAGGUAGAGUGGAGUGGAGUGGUUAGAUGGAUUGAUUGAAUAUUGAUGGGUUGUUGUUUGGUUUCCUGGAACUUCUUUCUCGGUUGAUAUGAGGUAUCCUUUUUUCAUUUUUUCUCUCUUACUUGCCUCACCCCACCCCUUUCACCGGCCGUCCCCUUGGCUGUUUCUUGUUUUGCAUUCUCUUUUCUUUCUUCUUCAUGAAUUCCUGGAUCCCUUCUCUUCUCUGUUCUUUGUUUUUGGCUUUGUGCCAGUGAACACAACCUCUUCAUACACCUUACAAAGUUCUGUUCGGAAUUUGAUGAAUGAAAGGCAUAGCAAUUAGCAUGCUGUGAUGAUGUUGUGAUGUUCUCUUGUUACUCUUUAUUUUUUUCACUUUUUGAUAUUUAUCUUCUACUUCUGAACGCCCACUGUUUUGUAAAUCUUGAUUUUUACUACUACUACUACUAAACUUCGGAUACACAUUUUACAAUGUUCUGUUUUUGUUACAGUUCCCCGCUUUCCUCCUAUCGCCCGUCCGUCCCUGGCCCAUCCCUAUUUACACCCAUCAAUUCAUGAACAUUAUUUUUAUGGGUAGGUUUUGUCUGUGUGCUGUGUGUGCAUGUGCUCAUGUGUUGCUGAUUUAUAUGUUUUCUCCAAUCCAUUAUUCAUUAUUCAUUCUUCUGUCCUACUGUUUUGUGUUGCUCUGUUAAGCGCAGUAGAAAAUCUUUAUGAGACUGUUCUCUUUUUCUAGUUUUCUUUCUUCAUAUCUAGUGGUUUUUUGUUCUUACCGUUUUUCUUUUCUUUUGUCCGCGGUUUGGCAUUCGCUUUUAGAGCUGUGUUGUGUUGUUGCCCGGGUUGUCAAAAGGGAGGAAUAAAAGACAUACUAUAUAGCUGGUUUUGGUGGAUGGCGUUUACCCGUUCUCCUUGUUUUUGGCUCGUUGGCCUAGACGUCUAUGGGAUGAAAAUUAUUUUCCCUUUUUCCCUUCUUCCCUUUCCUUUUCUCUUAUAAACCACCCGUACAUCCCUUAUUUUCCGUAUUGUUUGCUUCAAUUUUCAUAUAUGUCUUGUCUCCCCUCUCUUUGCAGGCCUUUCAUUCCCUUUCUCUGCUUUUUUACUUCUUCUUGUCCUUGUUUUUAAACAGCUAUACACAUAUAUGCCUCAAAGGGACUUCAUAAAUUGCAAGAUUGACAAUAAUGAAUUUGACCAUCCUCUUUCCACCCAGAAUCAAGCAUGCAUUCUUCUCUGCGGCUAAUAAGCACCUGACUAAGCAUCCCAGGCGGCAGUAGGCGCGGGAAAAUAUUUAUCCGAACCUGACAAACC